CAAGUCACCGUCGCCACCUGGGAUGCCCAUUAUCAAAUUUCCGCCAAACUUCAAAAGACAUAGCAAGUCUCUCGGUCCCUGAAACCUGGUGACAUUUCUCGUUCCUUGGAGAAUCGAUGGCUUUCCUUGCGGAUUCCUUGUCGGAUCGCCUACUAUUUGCUAUCCCCAAGAAAGGAAGACUUUACGAAAAGUGUUUAGAGCUUUUAUCGGGCGCAGACAUUCAGUUUAGUCGAAGUCAUCGUCUAGAUGUAUGUCUGGUAGGAAACCACCAGAUGGCCUUAGUUUUCUUACCCGCAGCUGAUAUUCCUCGAUUUGUUGGCGAAGGAAAUGUUGAUCUGGGCAUCACCGGGCAAGACAUGGUAGCCGAAGCAGAUCUCAACGGAUUGAUCGAAGAAAUUUGUCCGCUCAACUUCGGGAAAUGCAGCCUACAAGUCCAGGUGCCGAUCAACUCCGAGGUCAAAACUCUAGAUCAGCUUUCAGGGAAGAAAAUUGUCACGAGUUUUGAAGUCGUCAGCAAGUCGUUUUUCAAAGGAUUGGACGACACAGUCAACGCCAGUCGCUCCGAAGGCCAACCCAAAGCCACUUUCAUUGAAUACAUCGGCGGAAGUGUCGAAGCCGCUUGUGCAUUAGGCUUGGCUGAUGGGAUCGUGGACCUUGUGGAAUCCGGUGCUACUAUGCGUGCCGCGGGUCUACAUCCCAUCCACACAAUCAUGACUUCGGAGGCCGUGCUGAUUAAAUCGACCAGGCCUCCAAGGGGUGAAAUCCAUCAACGAUUAAUCGAUUUGAUCACCAGUCGUAUCCAGGGGGUCGUCGCAGCCAAUCGCUAUGUACUCUGCCAAUAUAACAUUACCCGGGUCCGACUACCGGAAGCCCUGACAAUAACGCCAGGCAGACGCUCUGCCACUGUGAGCCCCCUGGAUGAUAACGAAUGGGUGGCCGUAUCGGCCAUGGUCUUCAAAAAGGAUAGCGCAGAUACAAUGGAUAAGCUACAAGCACUUGGCGCUUGCGAUAUCUUUCUGCUCGGCUUGGAGAACUGUCGAGUCUAGAGCUGAUGCAUGUUACCUCAAACUUUUGGAUAUACCCACUUCUUGGAAAUCGAAUCGCGGAAAUUGGACUUUUGUUUUCUUCUCAUCCUCGCCGAUCCCCGCUUAUAUCGUGUCUAAGGUUGGCUUGCUCGUCCUAUCUCUUGUGUGCUCUAAAGAUUCGAUCACGGAUCGGACUCGUCUAAAAAAUUGUAAAUGGCUUGCAACUGAGCCUCUACACUUGGAUUCCCAUCUCAUUAUUCAUCACAAAACAAGCUUGACUUCGCGAUUUGUACUCUCUAAUGUAAACCAAUCCUGAUUCGUCCAGGAGUUAUUUCUAAACAAGACUGGAAUAUACACGUCUGAUUCUUGCUUCUGUGUGGGCUCAAGUUAUCACGA